CUAAAUCGUUCCUGGAGAGGUUAAUGACAGAAAACUCAUUGUACGCACGUAAAGAGGAGAAACCGCAUUACAAUCCAAAGGUGUUAACAAAGCUGCUGCAGAAUUAUAGAUCCCAUCCAGAAAUCUUGAAGUUGCCAAAUGAACUGUUCUACGAUAAUGAACUAGAGGCCAAAGCUGACAAAUACAUGAGGGAGACAAUGUGUCAGUGGAAAGAACUACCAAAAAAGAAUUUUCCAUUAAUCUUUCAUGGUGUUGAAGGUAAAGAUGAAAGAGAAGGGACCAGUCCAUCAUUUUUCAACACCAAAGAAUGUGAUGCUGUCAUUACAUAUGUUAAACAGCUGAUGGAGGGA